AUGCCACGGUGGGUAAAUUGCCCUGGCAUCAACGUGACACAGAAUCGCUUCUUUCAAGGCUUAUCUUCAUUUCGCACACUGGCAACACAGCUGGUUGGCUUUGCGGUUAUCAGUUUCGUCUGGAUCAGUGCCAGUGCAGAAACCUCCGUUGAACGUGGGGAGUAUCUGACCAAUAUUCUCGGCUGUGGCGGAUGCCACACCGAAGGCGCGCUGCUGGGGAACCCCACCGGGCAGUGGCUUGCCGGCUCAAGAAUUGGCAUCGCCUACACCAAAGAUCUGGACGAUGUCAGCCCGGGCAUCGUCUUCCCCGGCAACCUGACCGCUGACAAAGACACAGGCCUGGGUCGCUGGAGCAGAGAUGAGAUCAAAACAUUUCUACUCACCGGUAUGGAUCACUACGGCAAACAGGCCACAACGGUGAUGCCGUGGCCCAACUAUGCAUAUCUGCGUGAUCAGGACUUAGACGAUAUCGCCAGUUUCCUGAAGCAGCUGGCGCCAAUAAAACAGCCUAUCCCUGAAUCUGUAGUGGCUGGCGCUCCGGCCGCAGAUGAUCACGGCGCAAAGCUCAGUGUUGUGACUAUUGUGCGACCCCUGACUCAGGCAUAUACGGGUAUCGAAGUGGCUGGUCUGGCUGCAGCGGCGAUGAAUUUUGAAGGUGAAGCGCGUGCCAGUGUGGAGAAAUCACUUGGCGAGCUGUGCACUAAAUUUGCUGUCGAAAGCACUGAUCGCCACGUCCAGUUCGGCGUACCGGCAACAGAGAUCAAACAAACCGCUGAACAGCUUGGCGCAGACCUGAUUGUUAUGGGCUCACACGGCAAACACGGCCUUGGCUUGCUGCUGGGAUCUACCGCCAAUGCUGUGUUACACGGUGCAACAUCUGACGUACUGACAAUCCGGGUUCGCAUGAGCGACGUUAACAAAGACUCAAACAAUACCCUGGUCUUCAGAUUCCUCGGCGCUGUCGAGCGGCUUGGCAAUCGCCUGCCGGAUCCGGCGAUGCUGUUCCUUAUGGCUAUGCUCCUGGUGUGGCUGCUGUCCUGGUUGUUUGCGGGUUAUGGUUUUUCUGUACCUGCCCUGGAUGGUGCACGCGAACUGAAUGUAGAGAAUCAGCUCAGCGGUAGUGCGCUGGCCACAUUUUUAGCCACCAUGGUUAAAACCUUUACCAGUUUUGCUCCGCUGGGUGUGGUGCUGGUUGCGAUGCUAGGCGUAGGUGUUGCCGAACAUACCGGCUUCAUUAACGCCGGCCUGAAGUCUUUGCUCUCCAUUACCCCGGCCAAACUCCUGACCCCUAUGUUGCUGCUGGUGGCUAUUGUGAGCCACACCGCGGCGGAUGCAGGCUAUGUGUUAGUGAUUCCAUUAGGCGGAAUUAUUUUCUACGCGGCCGGGCGUCACCCCCUGGCGGGCAUUGCCUGCGCAUUUGCCGGCGUAUCCGGCGGUUUCAGCGCCAACUUCAUACCAUCAGGCAUCGACCCGCUGUUACAGGGCUUUACCCAACAGGCCGCGCAGAUCAUUGACCCCAGCCGUGAGGUCAACCCACUGUCAAACUGGCUGUUCACCAGUGUGUCCUGCCUGUUUGUCAUUGCUGUUGGCUGGUUUCUCACCGACAAAGUCAUUGAGCCCAGGCUGAAGGGCACAGAUAUCGACGGCGAUGAUCUGGAAGCGACCCGCAUGGACCCGUUAACCCCCAGAGAGCGCCGCGGUCUUUGGGCUGGCAGUGCCGCCAUGUUCAUCGGCAUUGUUCUGCUGGUAUGGGCGGCAUACCCGAUAGAUUCCCCCUUACGUGCACCCAAUGGCGAUAUCACCGCAUUUUCCGCACCCAUCAUGCAGUCCAUCGUACCGCUGAUAUUUCUGCUGUUUAUCAUUCCAGGCACUGUGUACGGGUAUGUUGCCGGCACGGUCAGCAACCAUCGCGACAUCAUCGCUGGCAUGACUAACAGCAUGAACACCAUGGCGUACUACCUGGUCAUGAUAUUUUUCUGCGCACAAUUCACUUACGCGUUCAGCCAAUCCAAUCUGGGUGCGCUGUUGGCUGUGCAGGGUGCAGAUGUUCUGCAGGCGCUGGCAUUACCCGGCUCGGUCACUCUGCUGGGUAUCAUUUUUUUAACCGCAUUUGUUAACUUGUUAGUCGGUUCGGCAUCAGGCAAGUGGGCACUGCUGGCCCCUAUAUUCAUACCGAUUCUCAUGCAGGUUGGAUUGUCACCCGAACUGACCCAGGCAGCCUAUCGGGUGGGUGAUUCGUCAACCAACAUCAUUACGCCGCUGAUGCCGUACUUCCCUCUGGUUGUUGCUUACUGCCAGCGCUGGGUGAAAAACACCGGCAUUGGCACGGUCACCGCGAUGAUGCUGCCCUAUUCGGCCGCACUUCUGGACAUACGGGAGACCAGCAGUGUCGCUGCCGAACUGGAAAACAAUCUCCAGGAGAUUAUCGCCAGACUCGAUAUGCAGCAGAAGUUAUACAGUGAAAGCCUGUGUGAUGGCGCGGAUGGCGACCAGGGUUGUACCCGCAUGGCCAGGCAGCUGGGAGAAACUUACCUGGAAAUGCUCAACGCCAUGGGUGAACGCCUGCCGGAAAUGGAACGCGCGGUAAACAAUACGCGCAGCAGCCUGGAAAAAAGACUGCGCCAGGAACUGGGGCAGCGCACUACCCCAACCACCCUGCAGGAACAGUUACUGGGCCAGCAAACGGCUACCGGCCGCGCCGAUCAACCCGCAUUACGCGGCAGAUCCGGAGUGCGCUUAUCUGAUCGAUUCAAACAGUACUACGACCUCGUGGCGACCCACAAAAACGGUCCCAGCAAAUCUCUGGCGGUGGUUGCCGCAGACAUCUACCUCGACAUGGAAGAGGCCUCAGUGCUGAUUGCUGCAACACAGCAGGAGAUCGGUCGUGCAGCCCUGAUGGAGCAGCUUAAUCAGUCAUUUGGACUGAUCACGCCGGAAAUGUCCGCAGUUGUGGGCGGUGUAAAAGAAAUUCUCUUCGGAGAGUCCUCUAACGCCACACCUAUAGCCUCCCCCCCUUACGAAAUUGGUCAGACAGAAUUUGUCAGCCCGUUAGAAAUGUAG